CUUUUAGGCGCGAUCCAGCCACCGGAGAUCUCUCGACUCCUGAUCGAGCUGCAGCCGCAGGUGUCCUUGUCCUGCCUAGAAAUCCGGCGAAAGGCCAGCUGAGAGGUAGCGAGCCGAUUUGCUAAGGCCCGUAAGGGGUUCAUGCAGGGCUCCAGCUGGAGCUUCAAGUUCAGGGCUUCCACCACCGUCGAAUGCUGGCCCUCGUGUGGUUGCCGGGGCGAUCAGCGAUGACCUAUCUGCAAGGCGCUUCGUAGGAGGGAAAUCCUGCAAGAGGCAGCCAGCUCAGUAGCGGUGUUCCUCGCCAAUGCACAAAGAUCAGAGGAAGGGGCUGGGGUAUUGAGAGGUGGUUGACAUUCGUUGCAAUGGCCUGGUGAUUGAAAAGGGGGUUUCCCGGCAGAAAAUUGAGAUCCAGGAAUGGCGCAACGUCUCCUGAGGGCCUUGUCUCCUUUCAGGAGGAGGUCUGCUGCGCAGAAAGCGCAGGAGGCCAAGGAGGAAGAAGAACGCAAGGCGCAGCUUCUGAAGGACAAGGAGGACUUGGAAGCGGGGGGUCCAUUCUCGCGUGCUAGGACAGACGAGGAGCGGAAGUUGCAGGCGGCCCGGCGGAAGGAACACGAGGUUGCGAGGGCGCAGCUGUUUGCGGGGAGGGAGGAGGCCCCCAUAAAAGCAAAUGGAAUCCACGAAGGGGAAGGCAGGAAUGGCGAGGAGUCGCGGACAGUUGGGAGUUCGCCGAGCAGAGCUAGAGGGGUGGGGCCGCCUGGCAAGUUCAGGGACGGCGGGCCGCGGGAGAAUGGUGCGCUUCGGCAGGAGAAUGGGACGGGGCGGUUCCGGUUUGAGAAUGGUGAUGCUGAAAGGGCGCAGAUGAAGGAGUCACCAGGCAACUUCUCCCCCGUAAGCCCUCUGACGGCUGCCGCCAGCAGCAGCAGCAGCAGCCCCUCCUUACAGGGGGUCCCGAUGAACGGCACGUCCUCCCCCCUCUCAGACCGAGCGUCGCCCCCCCAGGGGGGCAAACCCAAGCCCUCAGAGGGCAGCUUCAGCUCCCCCCUGUCUGGAAACCCGCUCCUGUCAACCCUCUCGGAGCUGUCGAAAAACUCGGUACAGCCGACGUCCACUGCGCAAGAUGCGGGGGAGACAAAACGGCCGCUCGCGAGGCCGCUGAACAUCAGCUUUAUGGGCAGUUAUAACAGGGAGAGGGCAGAGAGCGACGAGCUGAAAGAAGGGGCGAGGGCGGCGUCGCCACGCCCCCGGGGGGGGGCAGAUCCGGAUGUCCAGAAAGAGCUCGUGAAGACGCCGGCGCGUGAGGAGGUUAAGCAAACCAGCACACAGGUCAAGCAGCACACCGCAGAGGUUAAGCAAACCAGUCUGGAGGUUAAGAUUCCUGAGCCGGUGGAAGAGCCAGAGGGGCCGACGGCGGCCUCGCCGUUCCGCCUCACGACCAGCCCGAUCUACAUGCCCCCAGAACCGAAGGUGCGGCGACCGCUGCCCCCCCGGGAGGAACACGAGGACGAGAUUCCGUGGGCAAAGGACAGCAUGAUGCGGCGGGGGGGUUGGGCGAGCAUGAUCAUGGAUGAGAGUACGUACAACCUGCCGCGCAUCGCCGUACGGGUUUCGUCGCCGGAUACGGGGCUGGGGGGGGGGCGGUGUCCCCCCGGUUUGCGUCCCCGGGGGUCUCUCCAAGGUACCCGAACGGCAGCCGCAGCCCCCGACACGCGGCGCCGACGCGCGCGGUCAGGGGGCUGA